GGCAAGGACGUGACAAUGUCUCGCGUCCAUUCCUACCACGUCUACGUCGAGGAUAUUCAGCAGUGGACGUACUUCCCCUACACCACGUUCUCCCAGGAGGCGGGGGCGAACAUCCUGGAGGGCCAGGCCGACGACGUGCUGUUCUACCGUCAGGCCGCGCAGGCCGCAACGAUCAAGAAGGAGUUGACGGUCUACUUGCCGGCCGCCUUCAGAAACAAGAAGCUGAUGCUCCACAAGGCUGUUGGAAAGAAGGCAACUAUUGUCCCAGAGGUGCAGGGGUCCGAGAUUGCCGACGACCAGUUGAUCAGCCCGAACGCCUGGCUGAUCAUCACCGCGGAGGACGCGGGACCCCCCUCGCCGGCGCCUUGGACUGGGGCCGAUGGAGAAGAUGAGUGGGGUGCCGAGGAGAUGCGUGAUUGGCUUCAGAUCCAGCAUACUCCGAAAGUCGAAAUCUUCGUGCAGGAGCUUGACGAGUGGGUGACUAUCGCCCUGCCGCCGAAGAUUGAUCCCGAGGUUGCCAAGGCUGCGGCGGGCGCCGCCAGUCCUGGCGGCGCCGCCGGCAGCGGCGGCGACAGCCCCGGUGGCGGCGGCGGCGGCGCUGCCAGCUACAACUGCCUGCUCCUCAAGUACGUCAUCGCAAAGCACCUGAAGCUGCCAGCCGCCAAGGAGGACCUCAAGCUGACUCGUAUCUACAAAUGCGCCGAGUGCGGACAGGCCAUGGGCUACCCGCUGAAGAGCAACGUGCUGAUCAACCCAAAGGAGUCCUACGUCUGCGCGUAUCGCACGGACACGCCAGUGCAAGUGCUGAACGUGGACGUCGACGAGACUGCCCACAGCGGCAAUCACCACAUGCACUACGACCGCAUCGACCUGGACCCCUGCGACAAGCUCGGGGCGAACUGA